AUGGUAGUUCCAUCACAACCUGUCAUCCGCAGGAAAGCAGUCAAAUCUGUAAAGCCACGUCCAAAACCCCCUGGACAGUCUCGACGUCUACCAUGCGCGAUUGAUUCCAUCGAGAACAUGCAUUCAUCUUUUCAUGACGCGCCGCCUACAAAAAAGCUAUCUUCUGCCGCAGGCAUUACAAUCGAGGAAUACGUGUCGAAAAAGCCUCAGUACGACUUCGACAACUUCGUUCCACGUUCAAUUCAGUGUCCAGUUGCGACAAGUCAAGCAUUCGAUGAUGCAUACGAUUACCUUUUCAAACAUCUUUCAGGAGGAUGCAACGGUCUAAACAUCAUUCCGUAUCCAGGUCUUCGCGAAGAUGAUGAUGAAUCAGAAGAGAAAGUGUCCAAUUCAGCGUUUGCAGCACUUGUCUAUGUUGAGCCAGGAGUAUCGGGUCGCUGGGAAAAAAUCGAAAAGGGGUUGAAGCGCAUCUUCAACGCAGCGGCUAUAGAGGAUGGGGAGGAGCCAAAGUGGUUGUGUGAGGGGAUUAUCUUUCGGUUGUGCGCGGCGAACUCAUCCAGAUAUUGGCAGAAUGGUCCUGAUUGGGCUUUACUAAAUGAAAUUGACCUACGUACUCAGGUACCCCUCGAGCCUUGA